CAGCUAAUUUAUUAAUUAUAAUCAACAUGCAAUUUCAUGAUUGUAAUUAGUAAGGUCUAUAAAAAGCUGGACUUAUGUGUGGCGAUAUAUACAUACAGAUAGAUACAUACAAAUGGAUGAAGCUUCUUGCAAAUACCAUAUGAUUGGAGGUGAUGGCCCUAAUAGCUAUGCUCACAAUUCUGUCUACCAGAAAGAGUUAAUUGUCUCAGCAGAGGACUUGACAAACCAACUGAUCAACUCCCAUCUCGACACGAACAAACCUCCGUUCGAUCCUCGAAACACCUUUAGAAUAGCCGACCUAGGAUGCUCGGUGGGCCCCAACACAUUCUUCGCAGUCGAAAACAUCAUUAAAUCCGUCGAAAACAAAUACAAAAAAUCCAACCGAACAACACAAAACCCUAAUAUUAACCACCAAACACCCGAAUUCCAAGUCUUCUUCAACGACCUCGUAAACAACGACUUCAACACCCUCUUCAAAAACAACCUACACACCUCCAAAAAGAGCUACUUUAUAGCGGGAGUUCCGGGCUCGUUUCAUUCUCGUUUAUUUCCGAAAGAAAGUAUCCAUUUCGCGCACUGCUCGACCGCGCUUCACUGGCUAUCGAGAAUACCCGAAGAGGUGAGAGAAAGUGGUUCGAUGGCGUGGAAUAAGGGGAGGGUUCACUACUUCGGAGCUCGGGAAGAAGUUAAAGAGGUGUAUUCGGUUCGGUAUAAGAAAGAUAUGGACGAUUUUUUGAGUUUUCGGGCACGCGAGCUUGUGGAUGGAGGGUUAAUGGUGAUGGUUGUGCUCGGUUUUCCCGAUGGGGUAGUUGCUUCCGAGUCUAGUAUGGGAGUGGCCUUUGGUGUACUUGGAUCUUGCUUUGAGGACUUGGCCAAGAUGGGAAAGAUAAGUGGAGAGAAGGUGGAUUCAUUCAACUUGCCUUUCUACUAUCCAUCUCCAUCGGAACUGAAGGCAUUGAUCGAGGCAAACGGCAUGUUCGAUAUUGUGAGAAUAGCUAAAUUAGCUGCUCCGAUGAGAGUGAAACCAGAUCCUCGAAUCGUGACCGCUCAUUUGAGAGCUGUUAUUGGAGAACUUAUUGAGGAGCACUUUGGUAGUAAUGGAAUAUCCAUCGACGAAUUGUUUAAGCUUCAUUUGCAGAAAGUGACGAAUAGUCCGGAAUUAUUCGAUGAGGAGUACUGGAAAGAGACUAAUUACUUUGUCUUUCUCAAACGAAAGUAA